AUGGCGGCAAGAGCAGGAGCGUUGGCAGUGGCGUGCCUCGUGGCCGCCAUGGCGGUGGCACUGCUGGUCUCGCCGGCGUCGGCGCAGUCCGCGUGCACGACCACGCUGAUCAGCCUGUACCCGUGCCUGAACUACAUCAGCGGUAAUGUGUCGACACCGCCGUCCUUGUGCUGCUCGCAGCUCGCCAGCGUUGUGCAGUCCAACCCGCAGUGCCUCUGCGCCGCGCUAAGCGGCGACUCGUCGUCCCUCGGCGGCGUCACCAUCGACAAGACGCGCGCGCUCGAGCUCCCCCAGGCCUGCAACGUAAAGACCCCGCCGGCGAGCAAGUGCAACUCUGCCGGCGGUGGUAACGCUCCGGGCGCCGCGAUGCCGACCACGCCGUCGACCGGCGUGCCAGCGAGCGCAGGGGCCAGCGGUGGAUCCAAGGCGACGCCGACGGCGCCGUACCUGACAUCUGGCGACGCGUCGAUCCGGGGGGCGGCGAGCCUGGCGCUCACAUUCGCGGCUGUCGCCGUCUAAGCUGCCUCGUCCGUGUUAUCGCUUCCGCGCUAUUAUUCCAACAAAGGUCGCACAAGCUGUUUGAGGAGGGACAAGACGCAAGAUGGAGCAUGACGACGAUCAACGACUCGAUCAUUGAGGUUGGACGCUUCGAACGGGUGGCUUGAGCCACCCAAUAAGCUGGAAUUAAUAGGGAUGCAUCCAGACGUGGAGGUCAGUUGAUGGUGGCUGGUUGCUGUUGUUGAUGGGCUGGUCAGAUGUGAUGGUCAGGUUUGAAGGUGCGGCCGGAAGAAGUCAUGGAUGAAGACAGCGGCUUUAUCUUGCAAUCAAACAUACGGGUGGUUGAUCAUGAUCGGGGUGGUUGUUGCAAACUCAAGGUGGAGUAGCAAAAGCGGUGACAAAAAACCGUAGUGGACUCCGCAAGUUGAUGAAGAUGAUUUGUUCGAAGAUUGCGUGAUAAUGUUGUGGCUGUGCAGAUUGAACGCGAGUAGUCUGCUCGAUUUUGAUUUGGCCGUGGCAAACGGCUGCAAGGGUGCUACCCUGCAUGAUUAGGGUACAGCCGCACUGGCCACAAGUAUGCUGGUGUCGUGGCCAAUGAUGUGCAGAUCGGCAGCACAGAAAGGCAACGAUGUACGUAAAUGUCUGCGUACAGAAUUGCAUGGAUGUUGCGUGCAUGGGACAGAUAGCCUGUGAUUGGUUAUGCACGUAAUGAAGUU